AUGAACUGGGCACGUUCACAGCAACUCAAAGCCGUUGCAUCCGCGCCCUCUCGGUCAAGCGAAUCUUCCAGAAAUAAACGCCGUCGAACGAACUUUUCGUCACAUUCAGAGACAUCCUUUUCGGACAUCAGUGGCAGUGCCGACGUGGCAAUGCGUCAUAGCCGGCCACUUCCCUCCCUGGGCUCCCCGGAGGCGCCGCUCUGGACCAAUGUCAUGGGAUCGCAGUGGUCAUCGCUCGAAAGCGAGCCUGCGUUUUCUGCCAGCAUCGAUACAUUCCUCCGAGACAGCGGAUGCCCGGUUUUGGGGCUCGAUGGAAGUGUCGGUUUCGAACAUUCAAGGGGCUACCAAGUCAUAUCUAAUGACAAGAUGGAUGUUUUUGGGUCGUUCGCUGAUGUUUCAAAUACUGAAGAAGAGUGCAUUGCGCAAACAUCUGAAAGAAGAGUCACGUACCCGGAUCUUCGAGACAUGGGUUAUGCGAACUCAUCUGUCUCGGGCGGGAGUCUGGGAGGUCUAGCAUAUUCCGUCCUAGACGAUCGGGACGUGCUAUCCUGUUCGCCAUCGGAUGAACUCUUCUCGCCAUCUCGACGCUGGCAGUCCUUCUCUACGCCCCCGACUGUGGACUCAGCAAUGAUCACCAAGAUCUACCAGGACGGUAUUUCGCAGAACCUUCUCCAAAUUUACCACGACGUUCUGGAACACAAUCUCUCCUGCUGGCUCACGCCAGAGACAUGUCCGUACAAGGGAGAUUAUCGGUUGAAGCAGGGUCUUGCGAAUGCACAGGGGCUCCUUGCUAGCCCGACAGACACCUCGAGGGAUGGGACAAGACAAGAAUAUCAGGGCGACAAGUGGUCCAACAGGAUAUACACCCGUGUCAUCGAACUCGAUCGCAUCGCACAGUCGAAGAGGCUCAUACAUCUCACAGCAACUCAGAACCAGAAGGUUCAACGGGCUCUCCACCUCGUCAUCAUGGCAUUUGCGACUCAAUGGGCGCAUAACAGUCAACGGCAGAGAGAGUUCUAUGGCCCCGACGUUUUGAAUGCGGAGUUCGGCAGCUUGCCAGAAGAGUUUGAUCGUCAUCUUCAACGUUCUCUGUGGGAGCAGGCUCGAAACGCCCUGCAAGACUGUGUGGAUAUAGAGUCGUUUAGGGUCGUCUGUGCGGAAUUGAUCUUUGGGCUGACGCAGGAGCCUUGGGAGGAGGGAGUUAUACCAGGAUCAGAGAAGAGCAGCACGACUCUACCUGAAACUGACAGAGCAAGAGAUCCAACCCACGCUCCGGUCUUGUCUCAAAUUAGUAGCAUUUUGGCAAAGGAAGGGCCACCUAUUUUCAUGGAGAGGGCAGCUCGAAAGAUACACGCCUUGAAGUUCAAGUUCGAUUGGCAUGACACGGACGUAUCACGUCGGUGUGAUCGGCCAGUGUCGUCUGGGAAUGCUCCGAAUUCCAUAAGUUCACAAGACAGGGAGACAAUCGCUCUGCUCUUUUGGCUGGCAGUUAUGUUCGAUACGCUCUCGUCAUCGGUGAAUGAGAGGCCGGUGGUAGUCGCCGACGAGGAUAGCCAACACGAGGCAGCAGAAAAUGUGUCCAUCGAGGAGGGAACACAAUCCUUGUCGUCCCAGCAGAAGAGCUCACCUAGCCACCGAUGGCGGAUAGACUUGUUCAUCCAGGACAACCCGGAGCGCUCAUCCCGGUCUCAACUGCGCUGGCCCUGCUCCUACGACGAAGCCGCCAAGAUGGUGACAAGGUCCGCGCCAGUGAAGGUCCUCCUCUACCGAUAUGUUCACUACCUCCAAAAGAUGGUUAGGACCCCCAAGAAGACGUCCGGGAAGCCAAUAGAGGACGGCAUCCAGGAUGCGCUUUUGGUCUACAGAUACUGGAACAACACCUACGGGCCCUUCUUCCAGGACCUCGUCGAGCAGUAUAGCUCGGUACCGGCGCGUAUCCGGGGCUGGUUCGUCUGUAUCUCGUCCCAUUGGCAUCUCGCCUCGCUGAUGCUUGCCGACUUGAUCGAACUGGUUGACGACAACGAGCGAGGUCUGCCAGUGCCAACGCAGGCACGCCUCAAUGCUCACACGGUGGCCAGCAUCAGGAAGUCUAGCGCGGGCCAGCUCUCUGACCUGGCGAGAGUUGCCACGCCGGGCGGGUCAGGGCACAUAGAGACGGAACCUCAGCUGCCCACUUUUCAUUCUGCCGUCCAAGAAGGCGCUGUUCUGACGGAGCCGUGGACCGUGAUCCUCAUCCGAGCCUUCACAAAGGCGGCCAUGCUCCACUUGCAGGCGGCGGCCGACAUGGGGGUGCAGAGCCAGCAGGACAUAUUGGGCUACGGCAGAGAGAUGAUUCUGAGCUCCCUGCGGAGAUGUGAAGAGUGCACACGGGCCCUGUGGUUCCUCGGGAAGAAGUCCGAUAUGGCAAGGAAUGUAGCGCUGGUCCUUGCAAAGGCUCUGGAUGUAGCGAAAGGACCUAAUCUGCGCUCAAUGACGCCUGGGGAGGAGUUGCCUUUCCUGACGGAGGUUGUUUGA